AUGAGCAACUUCCCUUCGGGUUGGUUCUUUAUUCAGUCGAAAUGUGCUCACAAGAUGGUGAUCGACGUGGCAAUGGAUUCGCAUAAGGACAGUGCCAAGAUCGUCGUAUGGCCGAAAAAGGAGCAAAACUUUGAUAACCAGCUCUGGAUGUAUGAUAGUGGUUAUAUCAUCAACAAGAAUUCUGGAUUAGUGCUCGACGUUCUUGGAGGCGUCUUGGAAAACGACAAGCAAAUUAUCCAAUAUAGGCGCAAAAUGGUAGAGGACGCGCAGAAUCAACGGUGGUAUUAUCGUGAGGAUGGGUUCAUUUAUCCCCAAGUAAAUCCCAAUCUUGUGCUGGAUAUCAGGGGUAAUUGGACCAAGCCAGGCACUGUGGUGUUGCUUUACGACCGCAAGUUUAGCGAUAACGAGAAUCAGUUGUGGGAUUUGAUUCCUCAUGAUCCACAAGGUUCCAACACUCCCAAGGAUGAUGAUUCAAGUGAUAUUGACAAGGAUUAUUCGUUUAGCUCCUCCAGCUAUGCUCUAUGA